AAUACUGUAGUUGAGGAAGAAAAUCACAAUCAGAGUAAAAAGCGUAAAGAUUAUGACAAAAACACGAAACAUGGUUUCAAGUACAACAACACGACGGAGUUAAGCUCUAACACCUUUUAGUCUUUUGACUCUCUCUUUCUCUCUCUGCAACAAAACCCAGCGAACCCAUCAGAGAACCUGUCAAAAUCGGAAAACUUCAACGGAGAAGAAGAAGAAGAAGAAGAAGAAGGAGAUGGGUAUUUUGUCGGAUGACGUUGUGAUAAUCAGGCAGUCCGAGAAAGAAGGCGACCCGAGUGUUAUCACCAUCAAUUGUCCCGACAAAACUGGUCUCGGCUGUGAUCUAUGUCGUAUCAUCCUCUUCUUCGGUCUCAACAUUGUCAGAGGAGAUGUAUCGACCGACGGAAAAUGGUGUUACUUGGUCUUCUGGGUGAUUGGGAAACCAAACACGAGAUGGAAUCUGUUGAAGAUGAGACUUGCAGAGGCAAGCCCUUCUUUCUCAUGGGCCUUUGGUAUCUCAAGAUGUUACCUCUCUGACUCUGAGUUACAGCCUCCCAAGCUCCCUGAUCUUUUCCUAUUGAAGCUAGGUUGCUCCGACCGCAAAGGCCUUCUGUAUGAUGUCACAGAGGUUCUUUACAAGCUUGAGAUUAACAUUGAAAAAGUGAAGAUAUCGACAACCCCUGAUGGGAAAGUGAUGGACUUGUUCUUUGUCACAGACACUAGAGAGCUUUUAGGAACGGGGAAGAGGCGGGACGAAGUGUACGAGUGCCUGAGAGAUGCCGUAGGAGACUCAGUGAUGAGCUAUGACAUUGAACUUGUUGGCCCAGAAAUCACAGCUCGCUCACAGGCUUCCUCGUCCGUUGCAGAAGCUUUGUUCUCCUCGGAUGUGUCUGGAGAGCACCCGAGUGGGUUAUUACACACUUCAAGCAGUGUGUCUAUUGCGGUCGACAACUCGCUAAGCCCAGCUCACACGCUCGUUCAAAUCACUUGUCAAGACCACAAAGGCCUUCUCUAUGAUAUUAUGAGAACCUUCAAGGAUUUCAACAUUCAGAUCUCAUAUGGGCGUUUUACAAUCAAACGUGGAACGAACUGUGAGAUCGACUUGUUCAUCGUGCAGUCUGAUGGUAGGAAGAUACUUGACUCAAGCAAGCAAGACGCACUGAUUUCUCGUUUAAAAGCAGAGCUACAGCAACCUCUGAGAGUGGUAAUCAUGAAUCGAGGUCCAGAUACUCAACUUCUAGUCACAAACCCUGUUGAGUUAUCAGGAAAAGGACGGCCACAAGUCUUCCACGACAUUGCAGUUGCCCUCAAGAAGAUCAAUACCUGCAUCUUCUCGGCUGAAAUUGGAAGACACGUGACGGGAGACAGAGAAUGGGAAGUGUACAAAGUGUUGAUCAACGAAGAUGGUAGCUUACCAGUAUGGAGAAGCAAGAUAGAGGAACAAGUGUGGAAUACUUUAAUGGGUUGGGAGUGAAUUCUUCAACGCUUGCAUCAGCUAACCUCAAGACUCAUCGCAAGAAUAUGACUGUAAGAUAGUCACUUUUUGAUUCAAUGACGAGUGUAUGUAGAUUAAAAUGAUAUGUGGGAAAUUUUAUCUCACAAUCGGGAUUUUCUCUAAGGCUGCAAUGUGUAAAUAUUGGAUGGUGUUAGAGAUAAUAACUAGACCAUAUGAGUGUGGUUUUGUAGAAAGAAGCUAUAAGCUUUUCUAUUUGUAUUGUGUGCUUGAGAUGUGCUCGCUGGAAGAAGAAGAAGAAAUCUUUCUUAAGGCCCUAACGAAAGGCAAAUCUGACUUUCCUUUCUUGUUUUUUGUGUUUGGAAGUGAUAAUUCCUAAAGAUGCUUGCUUGAUACGUUUCCUUUUCGAAUAUAAGGAAUAGGGUUUUGGUACUGGCGUGCUUCAGUUAGGAACUCAAGUCGAG